GUCCAAUCCCUCCAAUCCCUCCCCUUCCCACCCAUAAUACCAUACAUUUCCCUCGUCUACGGCUGAUAUUAUCUACUCUAAACCUCCAGCCCUUCUGUCACCAUCACCCACGAAGCUGGCCUUCUCGACUUUUGCUGACCAUACCCCACACCUCCCACCUGCAUUUCAACUGCCGCGACUUCAAUUUAUCGGUCCAACUUGUCGUCUCCCUCGCCAGAGCUUUUACAUUCCUCCUAAAUAACGAACCACCCCGACCGCAUGCAUUGACUCUCACACCUCGCCUGUCGCUCUUGCGCCUCUGCUCCUUCGUCCCAUCCGUCUCGCGCUCGGUCCGUCGCGCCCCGGUCGCUGACAUAUUCCUAAUCACACGAGCAUUUUAUCUUUCCCCAGCGGUCAUCUUCACUUUCUAGUUGAAAGUCCUUUUCACUACGUGCCCAGCAUGGCUCCUGCGAACACCCAAGCGACCGCCCACAUGGCCACCACUACCCUCAAAGUCGAAGGCAUGACAUGCGGUGCCUGCACCUCCGCCAUCGAGACCGGUUUCCAAGGCGUUGAUGGAGUGGGCAACGUGUCAGUCAGUCUGGUUAUGGAGCGAGCCGUCGUCUCCCAUGAUCCCGAAAUAUUAUCCGCAGAUCAGGUCAAGGAGAUAAUAGAGGACAGAGGGUUCGAUGCAGAGGUCCUAUCGUCUGAUAUGCCGGUCUCGCACAGCGCGGAAGACCAUUUCCUGAGCGAUUCAGAGGACGAAGAGGAGGAAAGCGGAUAUUCAACAACCACACUAUCUGUCGGAGGCAUGACUUGCGGCGCAUGCACUUCUGCCGUCGAAGGCGCCUUCAAGGAUGUUCAGGGCGUCAAAUCAUUCAACAUAUCACUUCUUUCCGAGCGAGCAGUCAUCGAACACGACCCUGCCGUGCUGUCUGCGGAACAGAUGGCGGAGAUGAUUGAAGACGUCGGAUUUGACGCUAGCGUGCUGGAAACGGUCGCUGCGACGCCAGUAAGCAAAGGCAAGAGCAGUAGAAAAUCUAAAACACUUACAACGACUGUUGGAAUUGAGGGAAUGACAUGUGGUGCUUGCACAUCUGCAAUCGAGGGCGGGUUCAAGGAUGUGGAGGGACUGUAUCAAUUCAACAUCAGCUUAUUGGCCAACCGAGCUGUACUGGUCCAUGACCCGUCGAAACUCACCGAGGACCAAAUUGUCGAAAUCAUCGAAGAUCGCGGGUUCGAUGCUAAGGUGGUCUCAUCUGUGGAUGGCAGUAUGCAAAAGUCCGCUGCAAAUGGGAUGACCCACCUCAAGGUCUACGGCUUGCCCAAUGCAACCGCUGCACAAGAGUUGGAGGCUUUGCUUCGUAAACGAUCUGGUGUUCUCUCUGCGAACGUCAAUUUUAGCACAUCACGAGCUAUCAUCAACCGGGAUCCACAAAUUCUUGGACUUCGCGCAACCGUCGAAGCUGUUGAGGAGGCCGGUUACAAUGCCUUGGUCUCCGACUCGGAUGAUAAUAACGCCCAGCUAGAGUCUCUAGCCAAAACAAAAGAAAUCCAGGAGUGGAGACGGGCCUUUAGAGUCUCGUUAUCCUUCGCUAUCCCCGUCUUUCUCACCAGCAUGAUCUUUCCCAUGUUUCUACGAUUCCUCGACUAUGGCCGCAUCCGCAUCCUUCCAGGCCUGUAUCUUGGAGACGUCGUCUGCUUAGUCUUGACAAUACCCGUUCAAUUUGGCAUUGGAAAGCGAUUCUACAUUUCCGCUUAUAAAUCACUGAGCCACGGAUCACCUACUAUGGAUGUUCUUGUUGUCUUAGGUACCUCGGCAGCUUUCUUUUUUAGCGUUGCAUCAAUGGCCGUCUCUAUUUGUAUGCCUCCGCAUACCCGACCAACAACCCUAUUUGAUACUAGCACCAUGUUGUUUACCUUCAUUUCUCUUGGUCGAUAUCUCGAAAACAGCGCCAAGGGUCAGACGUCUAAAGCUUUAUCAAACCUGAUGUCAUUGGCUCCAUCCAUGGCAACUAUCUAUGCGGAUCCGAUUGCUGCUGCAAAGGCUGCCGAGGGCUGGAGUGUGGAUGCCAACGACGAGAAGGAUGGCAAGAACUCAAUGGACGGGAAUGCUGUCGAGGAGCGAGUUAUUGCUACAGAGCUCAUUGAGGUCGGCGAUGUUGUUAUCCUAAGACCUGGAGACAAGAUUCCUGCCGACGGAACCGUCACCAAUGGCGAAUCCUACGUAGACGAGUCGAUGGUCACUGGCGAGGCUAUACCAAUCUUGAAGAAGAAGGGCAUGCUCCUGAUGGCUGGAACCGUCAAUGGCGCUGGGCGUGUGGAUUUUGUGGUAACUCGAGCAGGCCGUGACACUCAACUCAGUCAAAUUGUUCGUUUGGUGCAGGAGGCACAGACGGGCCGCGCACCCAUCCAGCGCCUCGCGGACACCGUCGCCGGUUACUUCAUCCCUAUCAUCAUCACGCUUGGUCUUGCAACCUUUGUCGCCUGGAUGGUUCUUAGCCAUGUUCUCCCCGACCCACCCCAGGUUUUCCUGGACCACGCAAGUGGCGGCAAGCUGAUGGUUUGCCUCAAGCUUUGCAUCGCCGUGAUUGUUUUCGCCUGCCCCUGUGCGCUUGGUCUUGCCACCCCCACCGCAGUCAUGGUCGGUACUGGAGUUGGUGCAGAGCUGGGCAUUCUCGUCAAGGGCGGAGCCGCAUUGGAGACUGCCACGAAGGUCAAUCAUGUUGUUCUCGACAAGACCGGUACUCUGACUGUCGGGAAAAUGAGCGUUUCUAAGGCCGACAUCCAGGGUGAAUGGGGCGCAACUAGUCAAAAGAAGGAUCUUUGGUGGACGCUCAUUGGACUUGCUGAAAUGGGAUCUGAACACCCGAUCGCAAAGGCUAUCGUUGGAUCGGCAAAGGAACAUCUCCGACUUGGGCCCGAGGGUGCGCUGGACGGUUCCGUUGGCGACUUUGAAGCUGUUGUCGGCAAGGGUAUCGCGGCAAAUGUCGAGGCAGCUCUGGAUAGAGAGCGUACUCGAUACAGAGUCCUUAUUGGUAAUGCUACAUAUCUCAUCUCGGAGGGUGUUGAUGUUCCCGAGUACAUCGACGAACCGAUUACACCAGUAGCAGCAACGGCAAAUCCUCGCGGUGGUCCUCAGUCGCGCUCAGCUGGUAUCACCACCAUCCACACUGCCAUUGGAAAAACAUACACUGGUACUCUUGGUCUUUCGGACACAAUCAAGCCAUCCGCUCGCGCCACCAUAUUGGCCCUCAAGCGACUUGGAAUCACAGCAUCAAUCGUGACGGGAGACACUUCCUCGUCAGCUCUGAUCGUGGCACAGCAGGUUGGCAUCGACAGCGCUGAUGUGCAUGCUUCCGCUACACCAUCCGAUAAGAAGGCCAUCAUCGCCGAUCUUCAAUCUCGUGGUAAAGUAGUUGCCAUGGUAGGCGACGGUAUCAAUGAUUCUCCCGCUCUAGCUUCGGCAGAUGUCGGUAUUGCGCUGUCUACCGGCACAGAUGUUGCCAUGGAAGCCGCAUCGAUUGUACUUAUGUCUACGACUGAUCUCCUCGCCAUUCCCGCCAGUCUCAAACUGAGCAGGUCGAUCUUCAACCGAAUUAAGCUCAACCUCUUGUGGGCGUGCAUGUACAACGUUGUGGGACUGCCAUUCGCCAUGGGAUUCUUUCUGCCCUGGGGCUUCCACCUGCACCCCAUGGCUGCAGGUGCAGCUAUGGCGUCUUCCUCGGUCAGUGUCGUGAUGUCUUCCCUGCAACUCAAGUUCUGGAAGAGGCCGAAAUGGAUGAAGGUUUCAGUGCUUGACCCAACCGCCGAAGUCCCGGAAAGCGAGAAGGAGAGCGAGAGGAUACCGAAACGAGGGCUCAUCGGCACUGUGAUAGAAUGGGUCAAGGAGAGCAUCGCAGCUCGCAAGAGAAACCGAGAAGAGGCCGGUUAUCUCCCUCUGAGAGAUAUGGGCGAAUCAUAGCGACCUCACAAGGUAGCGAAUGUUGUACUGAAGAGUGAAGAGUACACAUAUUUGGAGAGCAUUUUCUUGGUGUUUAUAUCUUGUUGCGUCUGAUUUGUUCAAUUGAUUUAUUGAUUUCACGCGAUGCGACGUUUCUGGAUACCAUCUCCUUGAGUCAAACAUCUUGUUUCUUACCCACAUAGCUGUUUCCGGCUUUUUCCUUCUCAUCUGUCGUAGUCGCAUGGUACGUUGUACAUAUAUAGUGGGGAAGAAUACUAGACGACCCCCCGUUCCAUGCACUGCAUAAUUCCAUCCUUAG